AUGGCUCGAUUUUGGGUACUGUGCGGCUUAUUGAGUCUUUAUCUCGACCAUACUUUGGCUCAGAAUGUUCUCCAAUAUGUUGAUCCGCUCAUAGGCACAGGCUUCGGAGGUUUGAAACAAGAAAAGAAGGGCGAAUCUCGCUCUUAUGUUGACAAUCGUGCAGGUCAUGUCUUUGCUGGUGCUACUUUGCCNUUUUGGUAUGCCUUUACACUCAACGCUCCAAUAUCGACCUUAGCUAAUGUGCUCGCAGGCAUGGCCAAAGCUGUUGCAGACGUCAAUGGUGAAAAUCAAGGCGGCUAUGCGAGCGACUACAGCAACAUCACAGGCUUCUCACAUAUGCACGAUAGCGGAACCGGANNGGGUAAGUCGCCAUCACUCGGCAACUUCCCUCUGUUUGCCCACCCAGGAUGUCAUAAUGAUGAUCUGGAUGAAUGUAAAUUUACAUCUGUGGAUAGAGCCACUCCCCAGAUUAACGGCUCUAUUGUUGCAGAACCAGGAUACUUUGCAAUCACUCUUGAAAACUCCGUUCGUGCCGAAAUGACCGUGACGAACCACACUGCCCUAUAUCGCUUCUCUUUCCCGAAGGGUACCGCAGACAUGCCAUUGAGUCCGCUCAUUCUGGCAGACCUCAUCGACUUGCCCAAGUCUAGAAGUAAUGGAUCGAUCUCUGUGGAUCCAGAUACUGGCAGAAUUGUCGGCAACGGGACUUUUAGCCCUAGCUUUGGCAUUGGAACAUAUGACCUCCACUUCUGUGCCGACUUUUCUGGUGCAAGCGUUCGAGACACUGGUGUUUUCAUGAACAAUCGAGCUGGACCUCAGCCCAAGAAUCUUAGUGUUGUCCCUGACGUAAUAAACAACUCCCCUGAUAUACUUCCUGCUGGAGCCUGGGUGCGGUUCAACGCGCCUGAGAACAACGCCACUCAAGUCUUAGCUCGUGUCGGGUUGAGCUUCAUGAGCACUACCCAAGCAUGUGCCAAUGCUGAGAAGGAAAUCCCUGCCUUCGAUUUCGAUGCCACUCGCUCCAUCGCUCGUCAGGCCUGGACUGACAAGAUGAGCGUGAUAGUAGUUACACCAGGCAGUGUCAGUAAUGAUUUUCAAACCAUCUUCUGGAGCGGGUUGUACCGAGCGUCCAUCAGUCCGCAAGAUUACACCGGCGAGAACCCUCUGUGGGACAGUACAGAGCCUUACUAUGACUCUUUCUACUGUAUCUGGGAUUCAUAUCGUAGCAUUCAUCCUUUGAUCACACUCUUCGACCCUCAAUCUCAGGCACUGAUGAUUAGAAGUUUGUUGGACAUAUACAAACAUGAAGGCAAGCUUCCAGACUGUCGAAUGUCGCUGUGCAAAGGGUUUACUCAAGGAGGUUCCAAUGCAGAUGUCGUGCUGGCCGAUGCAUAUGUUAAGAAUCUGACUCAAGGUAUCGACUGGGCUCUUGCCUACGAGGCUGUCGUAUCAGAUGCCGAAGACGAGCCCAAGAACUGGGCUGUUGAGGGACGCGGAGGUCUGACUAGCUGGAAGUCGCUAGGAUACAUCCCCGCUGACGACUACGACCCAUAUGGUGUCGGGCCUUUCACACGCAGUAUCUCCCGCACAGUCGAAUACGCAUACGACGACUUUUGCAUUGCAGAAAUGGCCCGCGGCCUGGGCCACACUUCAGACCAUGACAAGUACAUUUCACGCUCAAUGGGCUGGAAGAACCUUUACAAGGAAGACCAAAACUCCACUAUCAACGGCACGCAAACUGGCUUCACGGGAUUCCUUCAACCAAAGUUUCUGAACGGUACUUGGGGCUAUCAAGACCCGAUCUUUUGCUCUCCUCUGCUCAACUUCACCUCUUGUUAUCUGAAUCCAGAAGGCCAUGAGACUUACGAAGGAAGCAGCUGGCUCUACACAACUUAUGUCCCUCAAGACAUGGCUUCUCUAAUCACCACUCUCGAUGGCCCAAACUCGUUUGUUAAGCGUCUCGAUUACCUUCACGAGAGCGGUCUACUAUACAUUGGCGACGAGCAAGGCUUCCUACCAGUAUACCAAUAUCACUAUGCUGGCCGCCCUGGCAAGAGCGCUGCACGUGCUCAUUCCUAUAUCCCUUCUCAAUUCAACACAACUGUAAACGGUAUCCCUGGAAACGAUGACUCAGGCGCUAUGGGCUCCUUCAUCGUUCUAGCCAUGAUGGGUCUCUUCCCUGUCCCUGGCCAAAAUGUCUAUCUUAUUACUUCUCCAUUCUUCCCGGAAAUCAGCAUCACGAACAAGAUCUCUGGCGACAAGGCAACCAUUCGAAACAUCAAUUUUGAUGCUGAGUAUAAGAACAUCUAUGUUCAGAAUGCUACGCUGAAUGGGGUGCCGUAUACCAAGAACUGGAUUGGACAUGAGUUCUUUGUUGAUGGGGGUGUGCUUGAGUUGACUCUUGGGUCGGUGGAGAGUGCUUGGGGCACGAGAUAUGAAGAUCUACCUCCUAGCUUAUCCACUGGCUGA